AUGAUAGUGAACUUAAUUCUGAUCAUUUCUCUUCUUAUCUGCCCAAUCAAUGCCAUUAUCAUAAGCCAAGUUCAUCGAUCUUCACUCUAUCAAUCCAAUUCUUCUUGUGCUCUCCUUUCAAAUAUCACUUUGCCAACCGACCCAUCGAUUCAAUCUUGUAUUUGGCAAUGUGCUCAUCAAGAUCAAUGUCGAACAGCUGUUUAUUUUCAUAACAAUCGAACUUGUUUCAUGUUUAGUGACGAUUGUCAAUCUGGUAAUAUAACAUCAUCUGGAGAUGUUCGAGCGAGUGUGAUCUGUUAUCGAAGAAAUCAAGGUCAGUUGAUUGUUGUGAUGACAUUGUCAUCAUUGAUCUUCUGUUUAGGACCGAAUAAUCAAUGUUCACCUCCAGCACCGAAAAAUGUCUCUUGUGGAUAUUCAUGUUUAAAUACAACAAUAUCAAGAACAUCAACAUUUGCAUUUUACACAUUUGAUAAUAACACAUUCGAUACUGUCGGGAAUUAUUCACUGAACGGAAAUUUUACACUGAGUUACGUACCUGGAUGGAUUGGUUCAGCUAUUAAUUUCACAUAUAAUAAUUCAAAGUAUCUUUCAACUCAAACACACAUUCCAUUAGAUUCCCAUUCUUUUACGAUUGAUUUGUGGUUUUAUGUCACUGAUCUCACAAGUUUUAAGGAUCUUCAGUUUGGAGGUGAAUGCCAAUCAUCAACAACAGAUGAGUGUUUAUUUCUCAAUGUUCGUUUCAAACUUCUUCGCAUAGGAUUUUUUGGUGAUGACACAUGCCACUACAAAUUUAUCAAUAAAUCGAUGGUAUCAUACGGGAAUCGAACUGUAGGUAAUAAUUUUCUUGGAACAACAGGAUUAUUUACGAUUGGAGGUGGUCAGAUUGGUGGGGAUGCGCAACCGACUGUUUAUUAUUCUGGUUCUAUUGAUCAUUUUGGAAUAAGUUAUCGAGUUAAAAGUCCAUGUGAAAUCUACUUAAAUGCGAGACUUUUCUGUUAUUUCCAGUUCGAAUCCUUCUCACCUUUGAUUGAUUCAGGACCAAACCGCAUCAAUGCCACCAAUUCAAAUGGAAUCCAAACAAGUGGACGAGUGAAUCAAGGAAUACAAUUCUCAUCUUCAUUGUCAUAUGUGACAAUUGAAGGAGUUAAUUUUUUCAAUAUGUUGAAUUCUCCAUUCACAAUCUCCAUGUGGAUUAAACCAUUGAGUUUCACUGGUGCUUGUGUAACAUUUCUUCACACAUCAACUCAAUCUGAUGGUUUGGGUGUUUGUUUUUCCUUGUGGGGAUUCUCUUUGAAUGGUUCAUUGAUUGUGAAUUUCAUUGAUUCAUCAAAUCAGCUCACAUCAAUGAUGAUUUCAAAUUCAUUUCCGUUGAAUCAAUGGACUCAUCUUCUUCAAAGAUAUGAUCCAUCAAGUGGAACCGACUUCUAUAUAAAUGGAACUCUGAUUAUGUCAAAUGCAUCACUAUCAACACGUUCGCCCGUUGGAUCUUAUGUUUUUCUUGGUUCCUCACCGACGAAUGCAACUUCUUGUCAAGGAGGAUCGAUCGGNUUUCCGUUGAAUCAAUGGACUCAUCUUCUUCAAAGAUAUGAUCCAUCAAGUGGAACCGACUUCUAUAUAAAUGGAACUCUGAUUAUGUCAAAUGCAUCACUAUCAACACGUUCGCCCGUUGGAUCUUAUGUUUUUCUUGGUUCCUCACCGACGAAUGCAACUUCUUGUCAAAGAGGAUCGAUCGGAAUGGGACAAUUUGUCGGUGCUAUUGAUGAAUUCUAUAUUUUCAGUCAAGCAAUAACACCGAAUGAUAUUUGUCUUUUAUCAAAUCCUUAA